UGUAUCCAAGUGACACUGAAAUAGUGGCCUCGUAGCCUGCUUGUCUAUAAUACUCACAUUACUCUUAGAUAUUUUAUUUCGGGAAGACCUGUAUUGCUGUGUUGCUAACCAGACUUUUCAUAAUUUCAACGUUUAGACCGACGCUUCACCCUUGUAGGUUUGCCUGGUCAUGUGACGGAAUAUUCCCCGGCCAGUCAAAUCGAACGCCAGGAUAAUACAGAAAAGGAAAGGAGACUGACCUAUAUUUGAAUGAGUUGCUCAAACAGCUAACUCUUUAAAAGUGGUAUCGUCGCGUCCAAAGAGAGUCUAUCACUUGACAUAACUUACAACGCUUUCAACUGUCAGAAUGAAACAGAAUAACACUGUCCCUGCAUUUCUCAGCAAACUCUGGACACUUGUUGAGGAUCAUUCUACGAAUGAUCUAAUUUGCUGGAGUCAAGAUGGCUGCAGUUUCCUAGUGCGGGAAGAGCAGAAAUUCUGCAAAGAGGUUCUUCCUUUGUACUUCAAGCACAGCAAUAUGACGAGCUUCGUGCGACAGCUCAAUAUGUAUGGUUUCCACAAGGUGGUGCAUGUGGACACAGGAUUACCGAGAGAUAACUGCCAAAACGACUGUGUAGAAUUUCAGCAUCCCAAUUUUCGCAGGUCACAACCUCAUUUGCUCAGUCUCAUUCGCAGAAAGGUGUCAGUGAGCCGAGGUGGUGAUGACGGAUCCCAGUUAACACAGGUUCUCGUCGAGGUUGGAAAUAUGAAAAGCUGGCAGGAUUCGUCAGAAUUCAAACUGAUGGCCUUGUGCAGGGACAAUGAGAGCUUGUGGACUGAGCUGGACAAUUUACGUCAGAAACAACAGCAGCAGCACAAAGUGAUCCGUAAGGUAAUCCACUUCAUCGUCACCACCGUCAGAUCCAGCGGAAUCAAAGGUCUCAAGAGGAAACUCCCCAUGAUUGACAGACUGGGCGUGUCCCACUCCGCUCCGAAGUACAGCCGCACCAUCAGCAUCGACUCCGAACAGAACCCUUCUUCUCUGCUUGAGAUUCCAAAUGUUACUCCUGUGGGCUUGACGCGACAGCUGGAGUCCUCCGCUGACGUCUAUUCCAACGGCAUGAUCAUCUCAGAUAUCACUCACUUGCUGGAGCCACAGCCCAAACACAGCGAGAGCAGCAAGGACCAGUCAUCAGACAGCCUGUCCACCUCCCUGUCCUCGCUCCUGUCCCACACCUCCCCGGCCGUGUCUUCAGUUGAACUGGCCCUAUCUCUGCUAGAGGAUCCCGUCUCCCAGGAGACGGAGGAGAAACUCCCAGAAAGGAGCGAAGUGACAGACCCUUUGACUCUGAUUGACUCUAGUCUGGAAGCGAUUAAUUCCUCUCGCCCCCCUUCCCCCAGUUUGGACUUCCUCACAGAGCUUUUCAAACCUGGUUGCUGUGCAACUGCAAGUAAAGACUCAGAGACAGAUACGCAAAAUAGGAAACGAGGGGCCGAGAGAUGGGCGAGCACACAGCAACACAAACAGACAGUUGCAAAGAUCAACCCGAUGCUACAGGAAGUGGUUGAGGAGGAGGAGGAGGAGGAGGAGGAGGAGGAGGAGGAGGUGGAGGAGGACGGAGGAGAGUGCACAGACAUACUGCCUUCUCUUCUUCAGUUAGCACAGGAGGCCUCUGAAUUCUCCUACAAUCCCAUUGCCACCCUCCCUGAGACUGCAUUCCUCCUUUAAACCAAAGCACUUCUUCUUCUAAACCAAAUACAUUGCACUUUUUUGCAAUAUGAUAAUGUAGAAGUCACACUCUUAAAAAGAGUGUAAAGAGCUCAGAGAUUAGAUCUCCAGGCCAGUGGCCGGAAAAUUGCUAGGGUGAAACCAGAGCAGAGAAAGUAUAAACUUGAUAACGGUCUGGAGGCAUGUUUGUUUUUCCCUUUGAUUGCCAUCCUCCAGAGAAAGGUUUCUCAAACCUCGUUGCUUUAGGGGUGCUUCUUCGGUCUAGCAAUGUCUGUCCGCAUUUUCUCCCAGGCCCCAGGUGACUCUUGUUGAAACGUAGUUCUAAAAGAUUUGCCUGGUUAAAUAAAUAUAUCUCUUCUGCACUUAAAGUUCAGCAUGCACACUGUAGAUGACAACCCAAAAAGAGAUAAGGAAAAUUCUGUUACAUAAACAAAUAAUGAUUAAGAAGUCACUCAAAGUGGAGUUUACUCAUAACCGUAGAAACAUCGUCAGUUAUACUUCAAAUACUCCAUGUGUACUUCUGUUGUGGGAAAAUUUUUAGAAUCAAUAGAUCUAUAUUGAGUAUGCUAAAUGAUAACACCCGAACUAGAUAUAUCAUGCAUGCAGUUCUUACUAUUAAUGUGUACAGUAAAUUGGCAGUCAGUGUGUAAAAAUAUAAAACACUCUCAGAGUUAAUUAAACUCUCAUAGAGCUCAUUUAACACUGGCAGUCUAACACUGUAAUGAUCUCAUGAAUAUUUGUGAAAAAUUGUAUUCUCUCACUGAAGUGUUUUUUCUUCCAGCUUGCAAAGGGUAAUGGUACAUAUUAGCACAAACUUAUAUAUGUAGAGAUGAUCCCAGAACUUUCUUUGUCUUUGAAUUUUUGAAAUAUGUCUGGAGGUUGCUGUCUUUAAAACGUUAUGUGUCUUGCAGAUCUUCAGCAACUUCAAGACUGCAGCUGUACAUUGUAUAACUUAACACAAAAACAGUAAUAGUUUAACGUAGCUUGUCGCUGCAGGUAUCAGCCACGAAGGAUACUGUGGCCUGCUUUUUUUUGAAUCGAUGAUUCAUUCACUUUAUAGGAAAUUUUACACUCACCAUGACCUCACUGUGAGGGCACACCAGUGGUCUCUCAUUAUGCAAGCGUAACUCAUUUAUCGUAAGCAAAUGUUCCUGUAUUGUAGAAAAUCAAAAUUGUUUUUUUAACUAUAAAUCUGUAUUUUUCAACUCUUUUGAAAACUUGAUUUGAAUUUCUCUUGCUUUUUCUUUCUUCUUCUUUCUUUUUUUUUGCUGAUGUACCAUGGGUCAGAUUUAAAAGGAAGGUGCAUCACCAAUGUAGAUAAGUCGGUGACUAUCUGAUCUCUGUUCUCUCUUAACUGUUGCAUGGGUAAAAAGAAUUGUUAUUCGGUUAAAGCUUAUGAGCCCAUGACAGUGAGUUAUAUUUCUGGUCUAAGGGAUAGACCAGCAUUUUUUCUGAUGCAAUAAACUUCACCAGGUUGUUGGGUUUGCGUUCUUUUAAGUUUGGAAGGAACACUUGGGUUGCCAGUAUUCACAUAAUUUUAUGAAAGAACCGAGGAGAAUUAGCCUGGAUACUUCUGCUAAAAUAGAUAUACUUUUAUUCUGUUUGUUAAACCACACGAUUCUUUCAGGACCUUCUCAACCUGUUUUAUAAUGUAUAUUUGUUAACAGAUGGCAUUUGCCGCUUUUAUGUAGAGGUACAAUCCUGUGAACUGAUAAAUAAAAUUACUCUUCAUUUAAA